GAAACAAUUUGUGCACAAAACAAAUACGAGAAGAACCCGUCGUCUUCCCCCAAUAUUAUCCAUGGAUCCCUUCAAAUUCCUUAAAAUCUCUCCAAACCCAGACGGAUCAAUCACUCGUCUCGCCCCAUUCCCUGCAGCUUCGACGACAGAAGACGCCGUACCCGACUCUGACUCUGCCCAACUCGUUCUCUCCAAAGACGUCCCUCUGAACCCUAACCACAAAACCUUUCUUCGCAUAUUCAGACCCCCAACUCCUCCGAACACUAAGCUCCCUCUCAUCAUUUACUUCCACGGAGGCGGAUUUGUACUCUUCAGCGCUACAUCUCGCCCUUUUCAUGAUUCUUGCUGCUCCAUGGCAGCUCAGAUUCCUGCUUUGAUCCUGUCCGUUGAAUUCCGUCUUGCACCGGAGCACCGCCUUCCCGCAGCGUACGAUGAUGCCAUGGAUUCGAUCAUGUGGGUCCGGAAACAAGCGAUGAAUAUCAACGGCUGUGAUCCAUGGAUGAGGGAUUCCGCUGAUUUUUCGAGGUGUUUUUUGAUGGGAAACAGUGCGGGCGGUAACAUGGUUUAUCAUGCCGCUCAACGUGUAAUGAACGUUGAUCUUUCCCCCCUAAAAAUCGAAGGGCUGAUAAUGGAUCAGCCAUACUUCGGCGGCCUCCGGAGAACCAAAUCGGAAAUCCAAUUCGUCAACGAUCGCAUUCUGCCGUUACCCGCCAACGAUCUGAUGUGGGCCCUCGCAUUGCCCAAGGAUACGGAUCGUGAUCACGAGUACUGCAAUCCAAUGGUGAGUGGGGCACACAAUGCAGACAUCGGACGGUUGCAAAGGUGUUUGGUGAGGGGGCAUACAACGGACCCACUGGUUGACCGGCAAAGGGAGUUUGUGAAGAUGUUGGCGGCGCGUGGGGUGCAGGUGGUUGAGCAGUUUGAUGAAGGUUUCCAUGGUGUGGAGUUCUUCGAUCCCUCCAAAGCUCAAGCUUUAUGUGAUAGUGUUAAGAAAUUUGUUAAUGUUUCCCGUGAAAGUGUUAAACUUGCUGGUGCUAGAUCUAGGCUGUGAAUUUGGCAACAAGUGGAAAAAUGAAAACAUAUAUACUUAGCCAAAAAAAGAAAAAGGUUUUAUAUUUGAAAAAUAUAGUUUAUCCAAUGAAUAUCUUUAAAUAUC